AUGGGAAGAGACAUUAAUUCAGCUCAUGGAUAUUCUGUUCAAUGUUGGGAGAAUAUUCAGAAAACUAAAGGUCAUAUAGACACUGUUUUUGAAAAUCUCACUCCAAAACAGAUUGCAGAUAAUCGUUUAAGACUAUCAGCUUCAAUAAAUGUUGUAAAAUGGCUCACAUUUCAAAAGUGUGCGUUUAGGGGACAUGUUGAGAACGCCGACUCCAAAAACCAAGGAAACUUUCUAGAGAUGUUAAAACUCAUUGCAUCCUAUAACAAGGAUGUACGAGACGUGGUGCUAGCAAAUGCACCACAAAAUGCCAAAUAUAUUGCUCCGUCAAUUCAAAAGCAAAUUUUGCAUGUUUUUGCUAAGAAAGUGCAGAAUGAAAUCCGAAAGGAGAUUGGUGAUUCAAAAUUUUGCAUAAUCAUAGAUGAAUCACGAGAUGUAUCUAAAAGGGAGCAAAUGGCUAUUGUUAUAAGAUUUGUUAAUAAAGAUGAUCUUAGAGGUCAGGGAUAUGAUGGAGCUAGCAAUAUGCGUGGGGAGUGGAAUGGUUUACAAGCUUUGUUUAUAGAUGAUUGCCCUUAUGCAUAUUAUGUGCAUUGUCUGGCCCAUCAGUUGCAAUUAUCUCUUAUUGCUGCCGCAAGAGAAGUAUCUGAUUCUUCUUCCAAGCGUCAUGAUGAGUUACAUGAUAGUCAAGUAGCUGAGUUGGAGCACCUGAUUGAAAUUGAGGAGGUUGAUACUGGAAAAGGGAUGAAUCAAAUUGAUUUACUUUGUCGAGCCUUACAACAAAAAUCACAAGAUAUUUUGCAUGCUAUGGAUUUACUUGUUGAUACAAAAUCCUCAAUUCAAGAUCUCAGAGAUGAAGCUACUAUGGAUCAGCAAUUGGAGGAACUAAAUAGUCGUUUCAGUGAGAAAACAACAGAGCUUCUUGUCUUAAGUGCAUCUUUGAAUCCUGACAAGGGAUAUAAAAACUUCAAUGUGGAUAACAUUUGCCGUCUUGCAGAAAAGUACUAUCCUGCAGACUUUUCUAAAGAUGAUCAGUUUCAUUUGAGUACAGCAACUUAUGAGAGAGCUUUUUCAGCAAUGAAAAUUGUUAAAACUAGCUUGCGAAAUAAGAUGGAGGACGACUUUCUAUCGGAGUACUUGAUUGUCUAUAUAGAGAAGGAUAUUGCUGAGAAAUUUACAAUUGGCUCGAUCAUAGAUGAUUUCAAUUCUAUGAAAACAAGGAGAGUACAAUUUGGAUGA